UUUCUAACGAAUGCAAUUGAAAUUUAUUUAUUCAUUUAUUGUUUAAGGAUCAAGGAACUCAAUGAAAUUUAUUAUUAUUAUUAUUUUCUGUUUAAGGAACAAGGAACCAACUGACAUUUUGGUAAUACAUGAAUUUGCUUGUUGAGAAUAAGCUAAAGAAAUUAUCAUAGCAGCUUGAAGGAUAGGAAUUAAGUCUCACUGAACAAAGAUAAAGUAAAGAACCUAAUACCCUAUUUGAGAUGAAUUCCCUUUGUUCAUUUAUGUCUUGGGCUCUCUUUAUCUUCAAAGGAAACAAACCUAAAUAAAAAAAAAGGCAUACCAGGUCGUUGCUAUCUGUCAGAGGGCAAUAUGUUCCUUUUAUCUUGUCCUUGUUAUUCUAUACCUUUAUUUCUUGUUGCUGAGCUCUUUGGUAAACACAUCAACUAGUUAUUCAUCAGAAGUCUCAUCCACAUAAUGCUCUGUCAAAGCCUCUCUAUGCAUGGUUUUGGCUUUUAGAAUGCUUUUAGUUAUGAUUAAUAAUAUACGUGUAUAUCCCUUCUUAUACCCAUCUUAAAAUGCAGCAUCUGCUGCAGAACUAUUCUUUCUUUGUUGAAUUGAUUUCUUUGCUGUGAUAUGCUCAUUAUAAUUAUUACUAUUAUUGUUAUUAUGAUUAUUAUUACUAUUAAUUUAUUAUUAUCUGUUGCAUUGGAGGAUUUAUUGUUCUUUUUCUGUGCAUAUUUUAUAUUAAAUUUGUUCCCUUGAUUGAUGAUUGGUUAAUCUUAAUUGUUAAAUUUCGAGACUUUUGAAUUGAAAUGGUGGGAUGUAUGAACUAGUUAUCUUUAUGGUUUAAUUGUAUUUGGAAUCAAUGUGCUUUAUGAAUUUGUUUAGGAGAUUAGCAUGUUGUAUAAUUUCUACAGUUAGUGUUUUAUUUAUUUGAUUUUAUAGAGUUCUAAAUUUUUUUGGCUUAAACAUUUUGUUUACUAGUAAAUAUAUGGGCUUAGGUUUGGGUAGGUUAAAUUUCACAGGAACCAUACCACUGUCAUUCAGGUCUGUUAUGUUCCUUUUUCUCUCUUUUGAUUGUUGCUGGCUUGAUUGAGAUGUUGGUUGAGGAGAUGGACUACGUGUCAUGUAAUUUGUAACUUUUCAAGCUUGAUGUUGUGCUGGGGAAGUGAUUGUUUGGAGAUGUUUGAUAUUCAUGGUAAGGAUGUGGUUGAGGAACUGGGUCAUGAAGUCGUAUCACUGAUGUAAUUGAUCUUGGAUGGCUGAUUGCUGAUAUUUUAAUGUUGUUAACUUUUGAGAUUUGAAUUUUUUGUGUUUUGGAGGGGAUGGUGGGGGGUUUGUGUUUGAGCUAAUGGAUGAUUCAUUAGUGUGUGGUUGUAAUGUGGACAGGCAGGAGGCAGGAGCUGGUGUGGCGCUGGUGAUGGUAUGGUGUCUUUGCUGAUAAGUGGAGGUAGUUGUUAGUAAGAGUAAUUUUGAACAUGAGUUCAGACAGCAGGAGCAGGAGCCCAAUGGAUCGUAAGAUCCGCUCUGAUCGCUUUUCCUAUCGUGGUGCACCUUAUAGACGAGAGUCUCGUCGGGGUUUCAGCAGCCAAAGCAAUCUGUGCAAGAACUGCAAACGACCUGGACAUUUUGCUAGAGAGUGCCCAAAUGUGGCAAUAUGCCAUAAUUGUGGCCUUCCCGGGCACAUUGCUUCAGAAUGCACCACUAAAUCACUGUGUUGGAACUGUCGGGAACCUGGGCAUAUGGCCAGCCAUUGUCCAAAUGAGGGUAUUUGUCACACCUGUGGCAAGGCCGGACAUCGUGCUAGAGAGUGCACAGCUCCACCACUGCCACCUGGGGACUUGAGGUUGUGCAACAACUGCUAUAAGCAGGGCCAUAUCGCAGCUGAUUGUACAAAUGACAAGGCAUGUAACAACUGUAGAAAGACGGGUCAUCUGGCCCGUGACUGUCAAAAUGCUCCUAUUUGCAACCUGUGCAAUGUUUCUGGGCAUAUGGCUAGACAUUGCCCAAAAGCCAAUACGCUUGGAGAUAGUCGCAGCAGCAGUUACCAAGAUAUUGUGUGCAGAAACUGCCACCAGUAUGGACACAUGAGCAGGGAUUGCAUGGGCCCCUUAAUGAUCUGUCACAAUUGUGGGGGACGAGGACAUCGAGCAGUAGAGUGUCCUUCUGGAAGGUUGAUGGAUAGGUAUCCUCGGAGGUUUUAUUGAUAUGAUGAAUUCAAAAUUAUAGGGUGGUAAUAUGUUCAGUUUUACCUAGAUUUGAUUGAAUGUUGAAGCUGUAUAGAUGUUCAAGGAGUCAUUUUGAAGCUCUAUUUGAUAGGGAAGGAUGUGGAGCAAUUUAUUUUGCAAAAUAAUUUAAUAGUUUAGCAUUGUUUGUUUGGGAUCUUGA